CAACAUGGCGGUUAUCUACAACCAAUUAAAGGGCUCGGUCAGGGUGCAUGCAAACUUUAUAAAAUUUUGAUAACGUCUACAAAAAUGGUACCAUAAAGCUCAGAAAUCGCCAGUGAAAAUGACAGGAGGAGCUCUUAAUUUGUCCCUCCUAAGCAGAGGUGUAGGUGAAGUUCAUACAAAUGGACAUGAGAAAGUGGAUGUUUAUCUUGAGCCAGAAGAUUACUACAAUUUCACCAAUCACCCUGACAGAGUUUAUUUACCCCCUAUACAAACAAAUUACAACGACUAUUUUGAUGGAAGCCCAAGUCUCUCCAGCCGCACCCCAAAAGAGGUGCAGCAGUUCCGUGUGCCAAAAACAUUCACAACCCGGAAAGGAGCCUUGCUGCUGUUUUCUGAAGACAUGGCCCAAAGAAACUCAGAUGGUCAAAAUAGACGUAGAACAUUUGCAUCAUCACAUGACCAAGUAUCUGGUAGUCUAGAUACACAGAUGACUAUAAGAACAGUUGAUGAUUUAGCAAAGUCCAUUUUAAAGUAUGGUGCACAGGAUAACGUAAAUGGAAAAGUCUAUCUUAAAUUUGUUCGCAACCGUGGGGAUAUGUAUGAUAGACAAAUCCGACCUGGAUUUUCAGCUAAGCGCUACCUGUCCACAUGGACUCGUACCUGGGAUGACACUGUCUUUGAUAACAUUGUCAAGCAAGGUUUCAUCACAGGAAGAUCACUACACACCAACAACUUAAUGGCGCCAAACCUCCGCAAGAGAUUGUUCUACGAGGACUUGUCCCACAUGCCUCAACCAUACAGGCUGAUGAAGACAAUGCUCCUAACACCAGGGAGUCUGUCUGGUUAUUCCUUCUACCGAGCCCCAGACUCUCAUUUCAUUGAAGAGGAAUACAACGAAGAUGACAUCAUUUUCUUGCGAAAACGAUCUGAUACUCAAGACAGUAUAAGAGUGGUAAAAACAAAAGAAGGCGUUCAAGAAGAGGUGGCUUACAGUAAUUUGGACAGGGAUUCUCAGAAAGAUGUCAUCACAGACCUACUGGUGAAGAGUGCUGUGCAUUUUGCUCUAAAGAAACAAGAGGAAAUUUUGCAGGAUGCCAUACUUAGAGCCUCAGGGAGUGAUUUCUCUUCUAGCAGUAGUAAACUGACUUCAUCUGUAACUUAUGAGUUCAACAUGAAGGAUGCAGUAGAGUCUCUACUGGAUUCCCAGCAAGGCAGAUUUACCAUCAGAAAUGACUUGCCAAAUAUUAACGACAAAAGCCAAAAUUCUGAACCGGGAAAGUCUUUCAACAGUGGCUCAAAUGUCCCACGUCUGUCUAAAAGACAAAAUGGUGCUAGAACAAAGAGUGGAUCCGAGUUUUCUGAAGGUGAACCAGAACACGUGAUCCCAUCAGUUUCCAUCAAAGAUGGAUCCGAGUCUUCGUCAGAGUUCUCUGGAGUGCCAGUCUUACCUCCCAUACGUCACACAUUAUCUCCCAUCAGAGACAUGAGCAGGGAGACAACCUAUCAAAAUGUAUUGUUACCUUCUAUAGACCAGCGUGGUAUGUUACUUGACCCACCAGCUGUCCAUGUGCUACCAGCCACACCCCAGCACUCCACCCUCUCAGCCACAGCACUAGCCCAGGGGGAGGUCACGGGUCAAAAUGUCAAACCACCUGCUGUUGGGACAGAUAACUCUGCCAGUGCUGCGGAUAACUCUUUAAAUAUGAAAUUAAAUUUCAAAACCCGCAACAAAAGUAAACAUGAUUUUCAGCCUUCUGGUAUAAUAUUCCACCCACCAACUCUGUCACAACCUCUCCCUAGACAUUUCCUCCCCUCCCUACAAGACAGCAGCCGCAGUGAUUAUAGCACUGUAAGCCACGCUCCACCUACUUGUAUUGACUCCUGGACCUUUGAUGGAGAAGGCAAUGCAAAGUGGCAUAAAUUUAAGCUUGGAGGAAGUCAGUCUGGUUCUUUAAAGGGUAGUGUAAUUAUGGCUCCUGAUGGAGAAAUCAUUAGUGUUGGAGGAUCAGUAGCAAGAAGUAGUGGAAGCAGCUAUGAUGUAGGCAACAUCAAUGAUGUCAUCAGUACUAAUCGCCCAGAAGCUGUUGCUGGUGGUUUCUCUGAUGAGUCAGAUCUUUCUGAUGACGAGCCUGGGGAGUGGAAGAAAGAUAAAAAAAUGUCAGUGCCCAAAUCAGAGAGUUCUUAUAAAGUAAACAAAAGAGGAAGUGUUGCUAGCUCUUCUGUCUCAAAGGAGGAAUUGAAUAAACUAAGCCCAGCAGGGAAAUACCUUUUGUGGGAUCAGGCAUCCAAAGUUACAGGAGAUUCCUCGUCUCAACGUUCCAGUUUAACAGAACAAGAUAUUGUGGAUACACUGACUGACCACGCCCAGCUGAUAGCUGACCACGUUCUCAGCCAACCUGAUGCAGGAAAUAACCUUGAGAAUGACGUGAAGAGAGCUGCAGAACUUUGGGCAAAGUCUCAUCCAGCAGAUGCACAUGCUAUCAGAGCAGAAGCUGUAGAGUCCAUGAUGCGCACCAAGAGUUCCAGCAGUUCAGCUUCAUCAGCAGCUGAGUACAGGAAUAUGAUCACAAAGUCUUUGGCUACAGCAGCUGCCAGAGCUGCUGGCAUUGACCCAAGCUCCAUCACUGUGGAACCUGAGCUCAGUCCAGAGCUACUGGAGGCCCUGGUCAACCAGACGCUGUCACCUGACCAGUUUGAGAUUGUCAGUGACAGUGACGGCAAAACCAGGGUCCAGUCCAGAGUGGACCUGACGGCAGCCAUGGGUGGGGUGGAGCCUGGACAUUUGUAUGUCUCCGCAGGAUCUGAUGAAGAAGGUCAGCGUAAAAGGCAUGUCUCAAUCCCUGCAGACAAGGGAGCAGUGAUAGAAGAUGUGCAGUCCAUCAACAUCUCACAACACUCUGUAAAGGCUCUCCCGGAGAUGGAAGAAAAGGCGGAUGCACAAGACGUGCCUACAGUGGAAUCUAAUGCAAUCUCACAAGACCAACCUGUUGUGCCAGCAAUGUUCCAGCAAAAAGAAGAUCCUGAUAUUUCCAGUGAAACAGACAACACUGUGACAACUACACAAAAUAUAACAGAAGAGAAAGUAGCAGUAAAAAAAAUUGAAAAGUCUUCCCCUGAAGAAGUGAAAAAACCUGUUGAACAGGAAAAAGAGACCUCUCCUGCCACAGAAACUAAGAAAACAGAAACCAAAAAGACUGAAAAGAAAACAGAAACAGUACCGGAGGUCAAGUCAACACAAAAGCCUGAAAAAGCAAAAGUUAAGAAAGAGAAAAAAUCAGCCACAGAAAAAGAAGAACCUUUUGUUGUUGGCAAUGUUGACAGAGGCAAGGAGCUGAGCAUGCUUUAUGGGAGUGAUCUCCCUCAGGCAAACCUCCCCAUCCCACCUCCCAUUCCCCCUACCCUCAAGCCUAAGGGCAAACCAAAAGAUAAAAAACCGAAGGAACCUGAAGUUAAGAAAGAAGAUAAGAAACAGAAGAAAGGUAAAAAAGGAAAGAAAGGUGGCAAGAAAAAGGAAAAAGAACCAGAACCUUUGGUGCCAGAGCAGGCACCAGUGGAGGAACCAGUUGCUGCAGAACAACCUCUACCACCACAAGAACCAGUUGAGGAGGAAAAGACAACUCUUUCAGAAGUCAAGACCUUAACCCCUGAGCUGGAAAGGGAAGAGACUGAAAUGGAAUUUAAUUUUAUCCAUGACGUCAGCCCUGAGCCUGAGCCAGUAGAAAAACAGGAAGUCAGGGCGUCAUCACCAGCUGCUGAUGUAGAAGAUGUGUCAGAACCUGAAACAACGGGAGGGACAGAAGAAUCUCGGCUCAAGUCCAUCUCCAACAGAGAGGCCAGGGCUGCCCAGAGGGCCGCGGCUGCUGCCAAAAAGAAGGAGGAGGUGGAGAGGAGGAGGAGAGAGAAAGAAGAGCAGCACAAGCGGGAGAAAGAGGAGAUGGAGAGACAGAUAGCCCUGAAGAAAGAAAUGGAAGAGGCAGAGAGAAGGAGAGAGGAAGAAAGAAUACUCCGCAAGAAGCAACAACAGGAGGCAGAAGAAAGGGAGAAGAGGGCAGAGGAAGAGGCAGAGAGACGCAAGAAGCUGGAGGCAGAGAGAGAGAAAAAAGCUAAGGAAGAAUACCAGAGAAAGCUGGAAGAGAUGAGGAAGAAGCAAUUGGAAGAGGAGAUGAGGCGCCAUGAAUUACUGCUACAGAAACAGAAAGAAGAAGAAGAGCGAAUAAUAGCAGAACAAUUAAUGAUGUCCAAAAUGGCGGAAGAGGAGAGACUGGAAUAUGAGAGGAGAAAGAGGGAGAUAGAGGAAGAAAGAAAGAGGAGAGAGUUAGAAGAAAAGCUUAAGCAUGAAGAGGAUGCUAGAAAAGCUCUCGAAGAAGCUCAGCGCCUUGCAGCUGAAAUGGCCAGGAAACAGGCGGAACUAGAAGCUAAAUUAAGGUUCAACCGUUCCCUCCAGGAGGAAUCAGUUAACCUGUCUCAAGCCCACCAAAUCAACAGAGCUUUUGUGUUCUCUUAUUUUGAACUGCUUCAAUGGCUUGGGUUAGAUAUCCCAGAUUUUGAAUUUGCCAAACUGGCAAAUUAUUAA